AUGACGUUAAAAUCCAAUAAAAACGAAGCUGCUGUCAUACUGGAGCCUGUGAACAGCGUCCGGACAGCCCUCUCUGAUCUCUACCUGGAGCAGCUUCUCCAAAACAAACCAAAGUCUGACAAGGUAAGGUGUCGUUUUUUCGCAUGUUUUCUUAUUUACCCCUCAGAUUUUGGUGCUCAUGUUUGCUUCCGGGAAGCAGCCGUAAAGAUGGAGCACAUGACCAUUUGUUUGUUCCUCGACUUGAUCUCUAAAAAUAGACCCCGUUAUAUGUUUUUACUGUGAGUAGUGGACCGAGUGUGUUGAUCAGUUUAAACAAAGAAACAUGCAUGCAGAUGAUACUGGGUCUGUGUGAGGAACCACUGCAUUGCUCAGUCAGCUUAACCUCGAAUCCUGCAGACAUUGCAUGGACAAUUUCACUUCUGCAUUUCCCCUCAAAACUACUCAUGGAAAUCACUUGACCAAGUCAGAAAGUAUAGUUUGCUGUGAUCAUAUGACAGUGAGUGGUCUGGAGAUAUAGGCUGUCUUCUGAACCCUAUAAAUGCACAUCAACAUGUUAAAAUUACUUUAAAAUCUCCUUGAAGAAAAGCAUAAGAAGUUCUGCCUUGCGGGGCAGAGUUGUGCAACUUGAAAGAAGUAAAAUGAGUGAUAGUGCUGGGAAAAGUUGCCAGAGGCUGUACUGGACUUCUGCUAAAGAGUUAGUGUUAGCUGAUUGAUGACAUGUGUACUUUCCCCUUUUAUUACAGGCUGUUGUUUGAGGAUUUAAACGUGUUUUAAGCUUGAUUAUGUCCUGAAACCCCCUCUAAAACCUUGUACAUGUGACCACAAAGGAACCUAAACUUUAAAUCCUAGUUUAAGUCCAGGCCUUAGUUUGGCAGGCAGUAGUAUCGAGGGAGCUCUUUGUUCUGGACUUCUUCUCUGAAUCUGAAAAGUCAGCACAGAGUCACCAUGAAGGGAGGAAACUCCUCUCCUGACAUCAGCAGUUUGAGGUUCAGUAGCCUUGAGCUUCAAUCUUACCACUGUGUUCUUCUUCUCCUGCUCAGUGCUGAUUUGUGAAAUCAGUGACUUUAAGUGCAGUCACAUGGUUCAUUAUCUCACAGAGCAGACCUCUGAGUUACCGUCAUAUCAAUGUUCCUUAUGAGUGCACGUUUUACAUCAAGUGCAGUGGGUUUAUUACGUGAAAUUGAUUCUUUAUCACAAGUGCUCAGGCAGACUUAAGUGAAGUGAGUUGAGCUUUUUAAAUUUUCCACCUCAGGGUUGUUUUUCUGCUUUACACUGAGUACAUACCUCAGGCUUUCUGAGCACUGGCCUUACAAAGACAGCCAUUCAUCCAUUUCCACUCAAGCUUCACUACUCCACCUGUUGUUUUAGCCUCAGUCCUCACCUUAGAGUUUAGGAUAAAGUUAAACUAAGUAUACAAACAAGUUUACGCAAGUCAAAUGAGCCCGCAGCAGUCACAGAGUAUUUAACUUUUACGUCAGUUCUAGUCUUUCAAAGCCUACAGCUGUUUUUCUACAACUGAGCCAAAAUCUGCAAGUCUGUGUGGAAAAAAAAGGGUCAUUCAAGUUUGUCUGACAGGCCUCUAUCUCACUGUUUGUUUCUUUUUUAAAGACAAAGGUACAUUAAGGUCAUGUAUUGAUCUCCUGCUGUGCUCCUUCAAUAGAUCAAGCCUGGAUUCAACAGAGAGAGAGGCUGAAUUAUUGAUGUAGCAUGCCUCUGAUGGCUAAUUAUCUGUAAAGACAGCACACAUAAUAAAAAGAGGUAUUUUUUUUAAGUAAUGUAAUCAUUUAAAUGGAGGGUUCAAACAGUAAGUGUAGACUCAAAAAUGCUCCUGUUUCCUUGUUAAGUCUACUCAGGAAAAAAAAAAAAAAACAUGUAGAUGUGAUGAGUAUUAUUCAAAAACAGGAAAUUCUCUGCUCUUUCCUUUCUUUACCCGCCUGUUUGUUUAUUCCGUUUCUCCUCCACACCCAAAACUGGUUUCUGAGAGGGCCUCUUGACCCCUGUUACAGCCACAUAUUUCAACACUUAGCAGUGAUUGGAGUCAUUGUGAUCAGCUAGAUGAACAUCUAUUUAAUUAAUCAUGAGUUUUUUUCAUCUAUUUACAGCCUGGAACUGUGGGUGAUAAGAGCUGAUAGAGCUCUUUGUGUAAAUCAUGCCGAGACAUUAGAAAUUCUCUGUUGUGCUAAUCCAAAUCUCAUCAAAUGUUUUAGCACUUAGUGGAAGAACUUCCCUGUUUUUAUAGCCUGUUAAUGUGUGAAAUCUCUGCAGAGUUUCAGUGGUUUUGUUUCAGAGUAGUUAAUCAUGAUGAUGUUUGAGCUUUUUAUUUUAGUUAAUGUUUUUUGGUUCAUCGUUGGCCUUUGCCUCCCUUUUGACAUGACGAUUUUUUUCCAUUUUAAGCAUGCUCAUUAAUCAAUACUGCCGUAGAAGCCACCAAAUGUGCGCAACACUGAAAUCUAGGACAAGGUCUCCAUAGGAAACAAUUCAGUAUUGUAUCAUUUCAUACCGAUUUAUAUCGUAUCGUAUCAUAUCAUCCUGUCUUAUGUACUUUCCUUCAUUCUCUGUCCUGUGUAGGAUCAGCACAUUCUUUCUCAGUGCCUUGUGGAAAAAGCAACACACUGCAGUUUUUCAAAAUAAGGAAAAAAUAAUAAAUGCCUUUAUUGGAUGUUCAGCCAGUUUAAUUUCUUUUUUUUUUUCUCUUGCAGUCUUAAAUUAAAGUAGUCAGAAGUUCACAAAUAUGUGCAUUCACGAAACUAAUAUCCUGUUGUCAUGGGAGCUCCUCCAGAAUGAAAUGUUUGCUCCAGGAUGAGAAAUAAGAGACCAGACAGACACCCCGUAGAUUUUACAGAUAGAAAUCAGAGUUUGGUGUUUCAGGAUGGAUAUGUGUUUGGUGAUUUUAUCUGCAGCAAAACUGCAGAACAAAUUCUUCUCCUGAGAGGAUGUAAUUUCAUUCUCUCACUGUGGGACAGAAUCCAAAUCCUCCCUCCUGGUACCACCUAGUCCUGACUGGGAACAGCACAGAGCUGGUAAAUAAGUAUCAGGUUGCACAAAAACAGCUGCAGCCGGUUGUCUCCUGACUCACAGUCUGUGCAUGAAGAUACAAAAAUUUAGGUCCUUUUCUCUACUUGAGUCCAAAAUUUAGAGAAUUAUGUUUUUUUAGUUUAACUUUAUUCCUUGUUUUAGAAGACAGCCACCGGCAUCAUUUCAAAGUGACACAGUUUACUUAAAGAUCAUUAGGUUUUCCAGUGGAAGCACAAGCUAACAUGUACACAUGUACAUAUUUACAUGUUAAAGAAACAAAUCCAAGACCAGAUUAAAAAAAGACAGGAGUAAAACAGUAGGAGUUUCUGCUUUCUGUAUCAAACUGCUGCUGCAGUCUGCACAUUAUUUUAGGGCUGAGGUUAUAGUCUCAGGAGAGGAGGGUUAUAAUGAUAUUUAUCGUUUUAUCAUAGUGCUGAUUCUGGAGGAUAGAUAUAUUUUUUGCUGAAGCAGUGCUGAUGUUUGAGAAAGUUUGUGCUGAUGCAGUGAAUUGUGUCUCUGAUGUCGGUUUAGUGUUCAAUUUAUAAACCUUUGGAUAUUGUGAUUUCAUUGUUCUAGAUUCUGUUCAUGAGAGCCAUCCACAAACUGAGAAUUUACUGCUAAGGAGUCAUAUUAUCUUAUCUCCUACUUAAUAUACUGUAGUUACUUGGUUAUGCAAUAAGAGCACUGUCUCUGUAAGCUUCAUGAACAUGUGGAUCUUCUCUCUGGCAGUGACUUAGACUGGAAACCGCCAUUGUUGACAUAUGGAAGACAUAUGGAAAUUUUCUGUGUUUGGGGAUUUCCUGCAUCUGUGAACUCUUAUUGAAGUUUUUUUAUUUUUUUCAGUUUAAAGGCAAAGAAUGAAUCAAGUCAGCCCGUAGUCUCUUCAUUCAAACUCUCAGCUGUUCAAAAUUAUACUAAAAAAAAAAUCAUCUUUCUUGCAUUAAUGCUGUUUUUUGAUACCGACCACCUGAUGACACCAUUGGUCUCCAUGACCACAUGAACCUGGUUCACAGGAUCACUGGACGAGGUAAAUGAGCUGUUAAAUCACUGGGUUAAUUUUCAACCGUGAACAUAUGUUGAAACUGCAAAUGAAACAUAGCUGUUAGCACACAUUGGCAAAAAGGUUUCGCUCGCUGCACUUAUUAGAAAGAGAAAUGACCUGAACCGUCCGACCAAAUCUGCAGAACAAAGAGUUAAAUGAUUUGCAUAAGGAGAGAUUGAUUUUGAUCCACCAAACAAUGACUUUAAAAAAUAUUUUUGUCCCUUUUCUUUUCCUAACAGGCCACUAUGCAAACCUAUGAAAAUAAAGGGGCUGAUGUCUACACCAAUGGCAGUGCCAAACACAUGAACGGCACAGAGCUGACCAGGAUGAGAGAAGUAGCAUUUGAAAAGAAUCCUUCAGAGCCAAUGGUAUAUAAAUCAUCCGCUCCCCUACACAAACACUGUGCCGACUAUUCCUCAUUAUGUGUUGCUGAUUCCUCCUCUCUAUUGUGUUUUUUUUUUAAUAGGGCGUAACUCUGAAGCUGAACGACAAACAAAGGUGCACAGUGGCCAGAAUAUUGCACGGGGGCAUGGUCCACAGAGAAGGUGAGUAAUCACUCAUUGAUUUGAUGCCAGUGUUAGUGGGUACAAAGCUGCUGAUCUCUGAUUUUAUGUGUUAGAAAGAAAGUUCUUCAAGAAACCACAAGUUUAUUUUCCAAUCACAGCCAAUCAUUUCAGAAUUAUCAGCAUCUCUGUGUGCUGAGGGAGGCUGAAAUAGCUCCAUAAAAGCACCAGUUAAAGGCUAUUAUAAGUGGAAUACACUGUAUUUAGAUAAUAUAUGUACUUUAAAAUGGUACUUCAGCUGUUGAAGUGAAAAUAUUUCAAGCAUGUGCAGUACUUUAUAGUUAUGAUUAUGAUUUGUUCAAGGCUAUAACUGUCAAAAAUAAUGUGACAAACAUCUCACUACUGCUGUAGCCACUUUCAUAUUUGUUUUUUAUCUUAUCUCUGUCUAUGAGCACCUGUUACACAAAAGUGCUUCAUGUAACUAAACUUUUAACUCUGACAAAAAAAAAAAAGUUUAAUCAAUCCAUAACAUUUUUCAAGACCAAAGAUAAGGAUGCAAACUCUGCUUUAAAAUUACCCCAAAUCAAGAAACAAGUAGGUCUGACACUGUUGGGUUUUGUCGCAGGAGAAUCAAUAUAACUUGGACAGCUGCCUGCACAUAUUAGGAGCACACCAACACAGCCCUACAGUGUCUAAGCUGCAGGAUAGACAAAUGUUUUUGAAGUUCUCACACUUUUUCCUUGUGUCUUCUUUGCAGGCUCGUUGCAUGAAGGUGAUGAAAUAGCAGAAAUCAAUGGAAAAAGUGUGACAAACCACAGUGUAGAUCAGCUACAAAAGAUCCUGGUAAGUUUGUUCUAAAUUACUGUCACUGUUGGGGGAUUAUGUCAGAUUUUCAUGUCAUCAUUUAGAUCUGGAACUGAAAUUCAGUUGUGUAUCUUUUCAUGCAGAAAGAAACAAAUGGAACCGUCACAAUGAAGAUCAUCCCCAACCUGCAGAGUCGAUCCAGAGCCUGUGAGGUAAUAACACGCCCAACAGAGUAUGCAGCCAUUUGUGGUCUCUUGGUGUGUUGUACUUUGUUUUUGGGGUGAUUCUGGGUUAAAUAUUUGUUUGUUUGCAUGCAUAAAUCAAGAAGAUCAGUCUUCAAUCUGGAUCCACUUGUAUUUUUCUGUGGUGUGGUCUAUAACAUUUUGUUUAAUUGCUUGUAUGUUCCGUUUUUUCCUCCACUAUUUUUUUUUUUUAAAGCAUUUUGUUCUUUGUUAGGUGAAUCAUCUGUUAGUCAAUGAACGACCAAGGUGACUAUAACAUUAGCUUAAAUGCAAAGAACGUCAUUCACAUCAGUUCUGCUAGUGUGACUUGAAACACUUUGUUAGUGUGUUUCAUUCUGCCAUCUACUGCCCACAACACAUCACAUGCUCUCCAGCAGCCAAUCAUGACACUCCUGUGAAAUUAAAAUGGCUGGUUAGCUUGAUACUAUUGAUUGUGUAACAUGGAUGAAUAUAAAGAGCCUCAAAUGAAUGUCCACAAAGAAUAAACAUUGAAUUCAGCGAUAGUUUAUCGAUACAGUAUGUCUAUGCUGUGGUCAGUGAUGGCAGUCUCUAAAAAGCCUGUAGUCCAUUAAAGAUGUAGACUUGCUUUUCAUAUUUAGACACCAUUUUUGGUGACCCAGACGCCUCCAGCUACCACUGGAGUAACUUUGGGGAACCACAAAUGUUCAUGAACUUUACUAACUUCAGAAAUAAUCCACCCUGAGAAGCCUUUAAAAGUCCUCCUGUUGUGAUCUUUGACGGAUAAGUACUUCACAGCCACAUUUCUCUAAAAAAAGGAGACAUGCAGAUGCGUUAGGAUCUGACCAUAUUCUUACAGCUUGUCACCUGAAUGUCAUUUGAUGCUCUCAAAUAUUAAUUUGUGGUUUUGUAAAUCAUCUGCAGGAUGAUACUGGAUAACUUAAGCGUCAGAAAAUAGUAAAUAGUUUAUUCUUACAGCAAGAGCUAAGCUGUCCAAGAUCACAUCAUGAGCAUUUAAACUUUUUUUAAGAGUACAUUUUCUAUUCAAGAUUUAGCAGAAUUUAAAUUUAUGUGUUGGGAAAUCUCAUUCAGAUAGGAACUGUAGGUAUGUGUUGUCCAAAAUAAGCCAAAGGGCAAACAUUCAAAGUUACACUUUCCUACUAACAACAUGAGUUUAGCUUUGUACUGCCACUGUCUGGAAACUCUUGUUAAAAGUAAUAUUAGUUAAAGCCCUGUUAGAGUCGGAUAUGUGAUCAUGACCCGAAAUGUAAUAAUUGGUUAAUAAUGUAACAAAAGUUCUGAGCCUGACAUGUAAUUAAAAAAAUGUAAUAAAACCCGAAAUGUAAUUACUGACCCAUAAUGUUACAACUUGCGACAUUUUGGACAAAAAGUUAUUACAUUUUGGGCUCAGCAUCUUGCUAUUUUAUUCACCAAUUAUUAAAUUACAUUAUUAAAAUUUUUUAUUUUCUUUUAAUUAAAUUUCAGGUCAUUGUUACAUAUCAGGCUCUAAAACCCUAAUGUGAAAACUGUCUUAACAUCACAGUGACUUCAGUGUUUUUUGACACAAAGAAUGAGUGAACCACAAAAGAAUUCUCUUCUUUCAAAACACUUGUGUUUCACUUGUAAUUUCUCUGAAUCAUACAAGUAAUUCUGAAAGCAAGUGGUAGAGAAUAUAAGAAAAUUCCUUCUUAGAGCUUCUAAUAGGACUUUUUUAUGUGUAUGAAAUAUACCCUGUUCUAACAUUGUACAUAUUAAAUAUUCACAAUAAAUAACAUUUCUUUGUCAGGAGACACUACUGAAGCAUGCAGAGAAAAAGAUAAGCAAAGAUUGCUUUUGUCCACAGGGAGUGCCAAAAUUGACACCCAAGGUCCGCACAGGAGCUUUAAAGCAUAGAAAAGUUUACAAGUAAAAAGUUUUCAGGACUAUUCUCAUAGAUUUUCGUAACAAACGGGUAUAUUAAAUAUAAUUUGUAACAGCUGGCUCGGGUGGGUGAUGGAUUUAUAGGGGCACAUUGAAUUUCCUGAUUCCUCCUUUCAAGAAUACAACUCUGCUGUAUGAACUCUUGAUCUGCAGAUGUACAUGAGAGCCCAGUUUGACUAUGACCCCACCAAGGAUGACCUCAUUCCCUGCAAAGAGGCAGGCCUAAAGUUUGAAACCGGUGACAUCAUCCAGAUUAUCAACAAGCAGGAUCCGAACUGGUGGCAGGGACGGGUGGAAAGUAGUGCUGCUGACUUUGCCGGACUGAUCCCCUCCCCUGAGCUGCAGGAAUGGUAAACAGCUCUGUCAGACAUGUCCCACUGACAUGACAAAGACUGACAUCUUGUCCUUCAGCAUAGACCAAAGAACUGAGAUUAUUCUAAAUCUCCUCUCGCACUGCAGGAGGGUGGCCAGUAAGAGCAAAUCCAGGGAGGGCAGCCAGUCCUGCAGCCCGUUUGGAAAGAAGAAGAAGUGCAAAGACAAGUACCUGGCUAAACACAGCUCUAGUGAGUGCUUCUCUGCAAUCAAGGCCUCUUCACAUGUCAUUUUUCUUCUUCAUUCGACAGUUUAACUAAAAUAAACUCAUUCUGUUGCAGUUUUUGACCAGCUGGAUGUGAUUUCUUAUGAGGAGGUUGUUCAGCUCCCUGCCUUCAAUAGGAAAACACUGGUGCUAAUUGGUAAGAGUCCAAAAACAGUCAGCAUUAAAUGAGACAGUGCAGUAUUUUUCCUGCUUUCAGAAUGAUACAAUUGUUCUCAGAAAGUCAGGGAUCUUUUUCUUUCACAUGCCUUUAAGUACAUGUUUAUUUCAACUUUGAGAUAAGAGAUGUAAGUUUCAAGAGAGAACUGGAAAGAGAUUUGUAUUUUUUGGCUAAUUUGAAUCUUUGAGACAACCAAGUGUUAAGACAUGAGAGUUAAAAAUUUCCUUGUGAAUUAAAAUGUGUCUUCUUUUAGGGGCACCUGGUGUAGGAAGGAGCCAUAUCAAAAAUGCACUGUUGACCAAAUACCCGGAGAAGUUUUCCUACCCUGCCCCUCGUAAGUGGUUCCAUACACUGUAUUUUCUUUUUCUCAUCAAUGAGUGGCGUCUUCUGAUGAAUUGUCCGUCUGACGAGUUUUAAAUCUACCACACAGACACUACCAGGCCGCAACGUAAGGACGAGGAGAAUGGGCAGGAAUAUUAUUUCAUCUCCACUGAGGACAUGACCAAGUGCAUCACAGGAAACGAACUGCUGGAGUACGGCAGCUUUCAGGGAAACAUGUUUGGAACCAAAAUCGAGACCAUCCAGAAGAUCCAUGAGCAGGGCAAAAUCGCUGUGCUGGAUAUAGAGCCACAGGUUGGUACAUACAUGCUCAACAACCAAACAGGGAGGCUGGAAAAAUUUAACAUAUACAUCCCAGUAGCCAGAGUUUAAUUGUCAAUCACUUGCAGGUUUUUUUAAUGGCUUUUUGAAUAGUUUAAAAUACUUUUAAAAAUGAUUUAUUAAAAAGUACGGAAAUACACCUUCACAUCAUGUUUGAUUCUCAGAUCUGUUCAUAUGCUGUAAUGGUGCAGAGAGCAUAAGGAAAAUUAAAAAAAUAUAUAAAAAAUCUAACUUGUAAAUGUUGUUGUAUAAAUGUCAAAGAUCCCUCAGGUCAGUACAGGCCACACCAGGACAGAUUUCUGUGUUGGUUAAAGCCGACACUCAUAGUUUCAGAAGGUGCAGUGAGUUAGGUGUUUUCCUGGAAAGAAUGGUGUAGGAGGCCGUAAUUGAAUAGGGUUGUCAUUUUAUCACCUUUUGAAAUAACUAAAAAACAUACAAAAAAAUUAAUCAUUAGUUGUGCAUCUGUAUGAUAAAAACUAGCUAUAUUUACUGAUACCGUGCGUGAUAAAAAAUGUUUUCUGUGUGUUUGUGUUCUAUUUUUUGUUUGACUCGUGUCAUCUGUUAAAUGGACAAAUCAGGGUUUAUACUGAAGCCAGUCAGUAGGAGGAUCUGUAAACAUUUUAAAUUCACAGUUUGUGAACACUGUUGGUGUCCAUUUUAAUAUAUAGUCUAUGCCCUACACAUGCUGUUUUUGUUAAACUGAUCUAUUUUAUAUUUUUCUCUCUCCUUUUUUUCCUGCAGACUUUGAAAGUCUUGCGGACUGCUGAAUUUGCACCUCUUGUUGUGUUCAUCGCUCCAACCACCACAGCUGCCCAGGUGCUAAAUCUCUAUCUGACUUAAAUCUCUUUAUGACUUAAAAACAUUUGAUUCAUUUGGUAACAGCAGCUGACUCUCUGUGUCUUGUAUCUUAGACGGAAAACCUCCUGAUGAUCCAGAAAGAGUCAGACGCCAUUGCGGCCACAUACAGACAUUUCUUCGACGUGGUUCUCGUCAACAACGACGUGGACGAGAGCGUGAAAGGCGUAGAGGAGGCCAUGGAGCUGGCCACCUCUACCCCACAAUGGGUGCCUGUGUCGUGGGUGUACUGACCGAUGUCAGUGAAACACCUUUUGUGUGUUGAAAAGCAGUGCAAUAUCACUCCUUACACAAAACAAGUUAGUGAUGUCCCAGGUGUGUGUGGGUUUACUUUUGGUUCGUGUUAAUUGUCACCGAAAGUUUUUGCACCAAUGAAUCCAAAAAAAUAAGCAAUAUGUAGAGAGGUUUACUUAGAAAGUGGAGAGCCUCACCAGGGAUGUUUUAUUUGAAUGUUUAGAUGUUUGUGCUUCAGGUUUUUGAGUGGCUAAGGGAUAGUUUUGGUGCAGCACGCGCUUGUGAAUGUUUGAAUGUGAAUAAAAGCAAAAUAGGACCACAACUGUGACUGAAAUCCUCACAAUGAAAUGUCAGGAUUUUAUCAUAUACAGCAUUACUCUGGAUUCAUCAUCCUGUUUUGUUCUUGCUAGAUUGUGCCAUGAAUUUGAGAUACUAACAGCAUUUGUCAUACAUUAUGUGUAACUCCACUCGACAAUAACAUCACCCACACAGAAUCUUAUGUCAGUCGUUGACAGCCUCACAUCUCUCCUUAUCACACUGUAUACCUCAUGGGGUACUGUAAAGGCACUUUUAAACAAAAAUAAAUUUCCCAGCUCUGUUUCAACAUCUUUGACUCAGUUUCAUGCUCAAAUGUUUCAGAAAACCUUAAAGGAAAAGAGUGAAUCUUUCAACCUGACCCACAAAAGUGACAAAGAUAUAUAUGCCAAUAAAUUUAAAGCAAAAAAGGGUAAUAAAACUGGCAAAAGGUUCAUAUGUUAUCCUUUUAUAGUUAUGCCAAGAUUUCUCCUUUUUUGAGCGGAAUAUCUCUACAGCCUUUCAGACUUGGACUUCAGAUCAGAAGCCUUGCUGAGCAGGGAGGUCAUGUCUGCCUCUGUUUUUCAAGUAAAGUCAGAGCUUGACGCUUUGAUAAAUUAUAGAUCAAGAUGUGCAUGUCUGAGCUGUUCAAUACAAGGGGUGUACCUGUAUCUCUCACACAUUACAAUUCUUGCCUCAUCCACAGAGAGGGAGCGAUCAUUACAGGCUAUACAUGACAAUGAGUCAGUUUACAGCUUCUACACAGAACGUCUGAAGCCAUGAGAUCAACUACUCAAAAGCUUAUUUUUUAAAUCAGUGGACGAUUAUGCAGGAUUAUAAAAUUGAGCGUAAUCUGGUUUGCAGUAAAAUAGGAUAUAAAUCAGUAAAACAAAAUCAACAACAGAAAAGUGUACCUGAAGUUGCAGAUACACCAACAAUGUCAGACAUGCUAACCUUUACGCUCCAAAAUGUCACUGAGGUCAUAAUCAUGAGGGGGGCUCGGCAGGGGGCUGCUGCCUCUGCACAUAUUUGCUGGGGAUGGAAGUGAUGAAACCAAACAGUCCUGUGGCACCACCAUGUGGGCUCUGAAAAUACACCCUAAAUCAGCAACCUGAGAACUCACAAUCUGAACCUUUAUAUUUUUAUGGAAAUAUACGAUUUAUUCUGGUCUGUACAUACAGAGUAAAGAUGAUUAUUUCCGAAUCCUCAGCAAGUAUAUGAGUAUGAUAAUAUUAGCUAUAAAAUAUGUCAAAUAGUGCCUCAAAGAUUAGCAGAUGAGUCGCAAGUAUGUCAAAAAGGUGAUUUUUAAACUGAGCUGAAAGUGGAUAAAAGAAAGAGCAGCUCAGGAUAUUAAAAGAAAAAAAGAAGCUGAAGAAAAACCUUGAUAUUUAAACCUUUAUUAUUAUCUUUGGAUGGUUUUACAUUCAGUACAAAUCAUGUUACGCAGCCGGAUACCUUCUCAAAGAUGAUGGGAAAGAAUAAUCUAAUACUUUAUUUGAAUGAGAUGAGCAACAUGACCAAAGUUAUUCACAUUCAGAGCAACUAACACAGCCUUUGACUUUUAACAUCAUUGUAAAGAAAGAAGUGAAAUAAUGUCCUAAUUUUUCACCAAAACGGACAAGAAACACACAAAAAAACUUGACCAAACCAAGAAUUUAGUAUUGAAACUGGGUGGAUUUUUAAACUCAGGAAGACUCCAGCCUGUGUGAUUGAGCUGCACCUUUGGGACUAAUGCUUCAAACACAGCCAAUAGAUGUGUUAGGUGAGGGUGAUGGGUUAAGUGGGUUCAAUGUGUCGUGGGAUGUUUGAGUGAUUGGAUUUAACCUGAGUGGGGAUUACUUCAACACUGUGCAAUGAAGGAUCUCUCCCAACAUUGGCAGGAUUAUGAUGUUGCAUUUUUCACCAAUAUGACUGUAGACAAAGGUUCAGAAUUCAGACACAGAAAAUGGAACACUUUAAGCUAUUCAUUAUCACAAUCUUAAUCGAUGAGGAAGUAGCUUUUCCAUCAUGUCUGCAUUAUGGACUGGAUCCAUUUUGUGUAUUUCUUCUUUAAUCGUACAGACAUGUUGAAGAUGAAAUGGAGCCUUGAAUGAGCACACACGUCGAUCAGUAAUCAGGUUAUCAAUAAUAUUUGGUACUCGAGUGCAGUUCUGGCCUUUGGUGUCUUAAGGGUGUAGAUAUAAUCAUACCAAUUCUUAAUCUUUAAAAAAAAGGAACCUAUUUUAACCCUAGAACACUAUCGCUGGGUGAUUUUCACCCGACCAAACAUCUUAACGUGAUUUUCAUUAUGUUGUGUUUGUCUGAGUAUAAUGGGUCCCUGGGUAGCUUCAGCAUUGCCUUUGACAUCUUUGAAAGCAUAUUUGUUUCCCUGAUCCAAAACCCACUUUUUCCUACAGGCACAUGUUCGGGUGAUUUUCCCCGUGUGUGACAGAGAUUAAUAACUAUCAAAAAGUAGUGAUCCUAAGGGAAUUCAUAUGGUGAUAAGAAAUAGUUUAGUCAGCUGGUCAUUUUUACUCACUCAAAAUAUGCCAUAUUUUGGUUAUCUCCUGCAGCCUUCUAUUGUGCCAAGGACCCUGAGUCGACACCAAGUAAGACUCACAAGCCCCAGGAAUGGGUGGAAAAGAAACUAAGUUUACAGUUUCUAUAUAUAUUCAUUUUUUUAGGAAUUUUUUGUUCAUGAAUGCCUAAUUUCAGUUAUUUUGUUGCAUUUUUAUUUGGUCCCCUGAUGGCACUUUUUCUCCCUCCCUUUGGACAUUGCACCGUUAAAAAUACAAGAAAAUUACUUUAAUUUGUCAUGUAUUGUCCUAUGUUGAUACAUUUUGAUGACAAGUACUUUUUCUUGGGUAUAUUAUUCAAGGUAAAAAUCAUCCGGCAAUAGUGAUGGUGUUACUAAUUUUAGUGAUAGUGUUCUAGGGUUAAUAAUGCCUGCCUGGCAUAGAUCAAGAUGUAAAUUCCCACUCAUAUUAAUAAAACUCAAUUUUUACUCAGAAAUACAUAUGUAUAAAACACACAAACAUCUAAGUCCUUGCUUUUGUGCACAAAGAAAGCCUAAAAUGAUGAUAGAGGUCUACAUGUUCAUGUCAGGAUUUCAGGAUUUAAACAUUUUGUAUUUCAUGUUUAGAAAUCAUCAAACUACAGCACAAAAUUUCUGUUUUCUUAAUCAUUCUAUGAUGACUCAUUGUGACUGCUUCUGCCUAUCCUGGGAAACCCCUCUUCAGGAGGCAGUAAAGGCCAAGCUGGAGAGCACACGUCCCAGAAGACCCCUAUAAAUUAUGUAACACUUUAGUAAUCUACAGUACCAUUCUUAAACUAAUUCAUUUUUUCAAGUCAGAUAAAUCAAAAAUACAUCCUUAUCUAAAUAUUUUUUUGUUAUUAAUUGUAUUAUUUUCACUCUGCCUGUAUAUAUUUAUUAUCAGUGAUAACUAGGUAUCUAUACUGCGAAGCUUGCCACACCCCCUUUCGAGGAACGCCAUUUUGUUGACACACAGCCUUGCAAUCAAAAUAAGCUCCUUUAAAGAAGCUUUAAGCUCAAACGGCACCGUGGCAUGUAAUGUCUGGAAAUAACACAUGUGCACAGCCCUUAUAACAGCAUCUCCACACAAAAGCAGCGCUGUCUCGGUCAUUAAACGUGUGUGAUUGAAGUGUCCGGCCACCCAUCUCAACAUGAAACUCGCCUCAUUGACGUCACAGAGCCAUCUUUGUCCACCUAAUCCAGGCGGCUGUUUAUUACACCUUCAUUACUGCUCGGACCCUGACAGCGCCAGGCUCCUGUAUAUUAGCCUGCAGGUGUACCGCAUCACCGUAGAAAUAGGAAGAAGGACAGUUGUUGUUUUCUUGUUGCACGUCUGAUACAAGGCAGAGAAAAACCCUCCUGGGCUGUGCAGGGAAAGGAAGCGCCACAAUAACCAACCAAAGGGUGCCAGAGGGUAGAGAGGAGCGCACAAGGCAAUCCACAUCCAUCUGCCAGCCAUUUAGCACGCGCUAACAUUUCCAGUCCGGAUUUCAGCACAGCUGUCCAGCCAAUACAACCAGGAAAAUGUAAGUACAUCAUCGUUUUAAUACCUCCUCGCCCUUAAAUCCCAAUUUGUGAACGAAUUAGAGUGUCGCCUUCAUGGCUGAUAUUGGCAGGGUGUUGGGGAUUUACGCUGUCUGAAUGUUUCUGAGUGUUUCUCGUCAUUAAAUGCUGAGGUUAUUUCUUUGCCGUCACGCUCGCUCGUUUGUCAUUGUUAUUAGACGCGGAUGAAUCCAGUUUUUAAGCCCAUUUACUCCGCAAAUUUGACCUAACGUACAUGUAGAGGCUAACGCGUUGGCCUAACCUUGGAGCUUACGGUAACAACGAGUUUAUCCGUCAAUAAAUGCGUAAUUAGCUGUAUUUUGACGUUUAUUCGGUAAAGGUGCUCCAUACCGUGCGUCUGUGUUUUAAUUUAGUCGUCGCGUGCUUUUCACCGGAGCAGGCACGCACACAUUUUUUCCAGUUUGGACUGGUUUGGUUCUGAAAAGGACACCGUCUGUGCGAUCACCCACAGGCUAAUUGAAGCCACAUAACGGGAAAUAUCCUCCACAAUAAAGCAGUUUUUGUCCGUACUGAACAUUUCCAGACCCUCAUUUUUCGUCUUUACAGGUCAGGUGAUGAUGAGGCUCAUAUUUGAAACAGCAAGGACAUGAUGUUUUACAUGUUCCUGCGUCGACUCUUUUCGACAGAUACUCCAUAGACCGUCUUAUAGACCAUGAUAUUAUUAGCUCUGAAGUAGGCUUAGGCCUAGUUUACGUGAUAUUUGCAACCUACAGUGGGGGGUGGGGAUAGCCUAGCCUCCUACUGUAUGUCGUCGAUUGUCAUGCGAGGGCGGACAGCUAUAUAUCUCACUAUAUUUCAGGUUGUUUGCUUUGUCAGGGACAAAUAAACCCUGGAAAUGUCCCUCUUCAGGUCCCUUAUUCGACCCAUUCUGUUUUUCCACAAGACAUAAGUCAAUAGAAAAGGGCAGACCGGGGAAAGAUAACAGCGACUGUCUCCUCCGACAGUUUUUUUUUUUUUUGCAUAGCAAGCAGUUCAAACCUCCAAAGAAAAUGGUGCCAACUCACGACAUGCCUUUAAAAAUGGUUGUUAACACUCCCUCUGCGGGCAAUAAGCUUCAUUUGUCACUAAAAUCAUGGCUGUCAUCAUGAGGAGCCUCCCCGCCCUCUGUGUUGUAGGCUUCUCAUCGUAUUUACAGGCCCGUCGUGCUUGUCGUGAAACGUGAUGUUUCACAGGACACCGUGUAGGCCUGAUGAUGUGCGUGUGUGUAAAUGGCGAGGAAAGGAAAAAGGUGAAUGUUGUGGGUUAGGACCCAGCUCGGUAACAUCAAACAGACUGGUUUAUAAGUGAGGCUGCGAUCAGACGGUUUCGGGUCUGAGCUGCUGUGGCGCUGUCCAGUGCUGAAAUGUCGCUCUCCAGUGCUCAAAGUCAGACAGCGUGCUUAUUCAUGACAGGGGCCAUCCCAAACACAAUCCCUUUAGUUUCAUAAGCAUUUCAAGCAGCUAAGCAACCAGGCUGAAUUUUAAACUAUGUGCUUUUAUUGUGUUGAUUGAUCCUAUUUGGAAUGCAUGUUCAUUUUAUAAGGGAAACCUUGCACAGACCUUUGUCGCAGACUUUUACAUAAGCUCUGAAUUAGGAGAAGGUAAAAUAUAUUUGACACUCUUCCUGACAUCAUUCUCAAAAAAUGAUGCAAACUAAGGGAGCCCAACAUGUUUGUAGAGUUUCCUUCAUUAUUUUCAGAUGUAAAGGGAAUUCCUGUUUGUGAUGAAAAUGAUACCUCCAAACAAAAACAAUCAUCUGCUGGUUAAGACAGUGGUAAAUUCACAGUUUGUCUUGGAUUCUCGGUCUACAAAACGGUUAAAUUCCCCCCACAAAUGAAUACCUGUUGACUGCAAACAUGACAUGUAUUAAAAAAAUGGAUAUAACCCCCAAUUUUUAGAAAGGUUUCCAGACCAGAUCAAGAUGAUCAUGUUCAUUUGAAAGUGAAACCAUGCACCAAACUACGCACAGAUCAGACACAGUUGUCUCACCUGGGCGUGGAGCCCCCAGUUUGUCUUCCAUCAGACACAGUCGGCCGUGUUCACAGGAUGUGAAACUGGUGAGAAAUCUUGUCACAGCUCUAGCAGCUCUUCCUGGUUGGUGCCAGUUCAGAAGUGAUGAUAGUGUGAUCCUCUGCUCACAUGACAGCUCUGUGGUGAUACUCCAUGCUGGCGAGUGAGAGAAAGAAGACAGUUAUUACAUUUUUGUAUUAGAGGGUGAAAUUUUUACCCUUCUUUGCAUCAACACAUUUGAUUAUUUCUAACUAUUCUGCCCUUGAACAUACAUUUUAUCAAUAUAUGUUCUAGUCGAUUAUUAAAUCAAAUGUUUUUUAUUCUUAUUAUUUAUUGUAAUUAUUUAAAACUCAUUAUAGUAGUUUACAGUGAUAGCUUUUUUUUUCCGCUGCUAGUUUCUGUUACGUCUGGCUGGCAGCUGACAGGGACCACCAGCACCAUCAGGCCAACUAUUCAAAGGAUUUGUUGUUGUUAGAGGAUUAGUGAUGUGUGAGCGUGUAAAGGUGACCUUUAUACACAGUUUCGCCUCACACCAGUGGUGAAGUGUGGUUACAACGAAGGCUUAUUUGUCAAAAGAAAUACUACAGCCUUGCUAGAAUCUUCCAUGGCUUUGCAAUAUUGAUCAAUCUGUAUUGAUAUGCAGUCUACUUCAUUUGGAAUCCAAAGCUAGGACACAUUGUAUGCAAACAUUUGAGUGUUUUCAAGAUGCAUUCAUGACAUUGUUAGUGUGCUCUGUAUUUGCUGAUACAUAAAACUGUGAAGUAAUUCAAAUUUUAUUCUGACAUUGCUCUUUAAUUAAGGCAAAUGUCAUUUAAGAUAUAGUGUUAUUAGGGACGAACAAUAACGUACUUUUGCUUACUCACUCUGGCUCUCAUUGACAGAGAUUUGUAUGACAGCACAGCCUAUUUUCAAUGCAAAGAACACAAAGAGUCUCUUCGACUGAGCUGUACUGUUGGUCUGAUUGUGACAUUCAGUUGUAGAAACAGACCUUCAACAAGUUCAGCAGCAUUUGAUUCUACCAUAAAUUAUAAACGUGUUCUCUUUAAGAUAAAGAAAGUCAAAAUAUGGUAGCUGCUACAUUUCUCAGCUUUGUUAAAUGACUGAAAUGUUGAAACUUGUUGGAUCAUGUAAGUUGGGAUCAUGUGCGUAUGAUUAUUGGAUCACUUUAACAGUUGUACAUAUGGGUAUUGUGCAUCCAAAGUUGUUUAAAAUAAGAGGAAAUCAUUUGAGAUCUUUUUGAAAAGAAUCUAGCUUAAUGUAUGUAAACUCAUUCUGCGUUAUCAGUCGUAUUGUUUUGUGCUAACUUUGUGCCUCAUGUCUAUUCUGCAUCAGUCUUGAUAUACAGGGUCACAUUGACCUUUUCAAUGAACAACUUUUUUCAUGAUUUGCAAAUCUCCCUAAAACCCAGAGUGUAAUCAGCAGUGAAAAGUACUGUAAAAAGUGUUUCUCCAUCCUGUCUUAAAACCCAAAAAAGAACUGGAGAUAAUAAAGAAAAAGAAAAAUAUAAUCAGAAAUAACUUAGUUUAUGUUUGGGGCAUGUUUCCAGGGAGCAGACGUUUGUUACAGAAGUCAUAUCCAUAAUUGAUAUCCCUUCCAAAAAAUGAAAUGCACUCAAUCAGGCAUUUGUAGGAUUAUUAGAAUCAAAACAAAGCCUGUCUGAGCAUCACACCCUACAAUCACACCUGUAUGCAAAUCUGUGAAAUUUAUGAGUUUGAGUAUUCUUCAGAUUUGUACAUGCAGUUGUGACUCAGCUAUUCUGUAUUUUGUAGUUUUGAUGAGUCUUUGCUGACUAAUGGUUAAACUGGUACAACCAACUGUUGAGCAGCUUUUCCUCUGUGUUCCCUAAACUCCUCACAAACACGGGUCAUUGUUCAAUAAGGUUAUUAAUGUCACUCGGAAUAGUGGAAAUAAAAUAAGUGAAACAGAAGUAAUUUGUUUCUUGUGAGUUCACAUCAACUCUUGAACUGAUUCUAAUAAAUUGCUGUUGAUAUAUUUUUAUAUAUCGCUGGUGUAUUUGUUUCCCCCCACAGCAAAGAGCAGUCACAAAAGCAAGUGUUAACAAAAGGACGAGGCAUUUUUCACGGAGCUUUCACUUUUCAGCGGUACAUGACACUGUCGCUUAAACUGCCUGCCUCUCCCUGAGGUCAUUAUCGGUGCAGAGUGCUUCUAAAAGAAUAAGUCUAUGUAGGUCACAAUACAACAUGACAUGACAAAUCUACAUGACUUUUGCAGAGCCUGCAGUAGUUGAUUCCUUUUUGGUGAGUGAAGGUAAUUAUCUGGACUCUCCAGAGAUAGCAUAUGGAACUGCUCCAAAUAAGAUCUGAUUAUAAGUGUAAGCAGUUUUUGCUUCUGGUACACAGAGAAGUACCAAACGGAGUCAUUUCCAUUAUCUUAUAGCUCCCAGCACUGCUGCUUGUACGGUCUGCAGCGAAACACCCCAGUUUGUCAGAUAUGAACAAGUUAAAACAACAAAUCAUCCUCCGAGAAAUUUACUAGUGACCAUACAAGAAUGAUGUCUUCGUCUGAGGGUACAUGAGAAUAAUAUGACAUAUCAUAAUGCAGGAGGUGGGAAACCCAAAUUUAGAGUGAAACAAAGUGUUUCCGAUGCUAUUGCAGUUCACUGUGAGAGUUAAAGGAUUGUUCCUUGUUGUUAUUUUGGUGGAAAACUAAAACGUGCAAGCAGGAUCAGACUAAAACUUUGCACACUCUCCUUAACCACAUCACCAUAUUUAUACAAGUGUAGUAACUGUCAGUCUUGCUUUUGUUACUUUGUUGUUUCACAGACUUCAUUCACUUUGGGUCCCCUUACAUUAUAACUAAAUGUUGUUAUAUUUUUUCUGUAGGUCUGCCCCAGCUGGAGCCCCUGCAGAGGGAGGGAGUCAACAACCUCCCAACCUCACCAGCAACCGCCGUCUGCAGCAGACACAGGCACAAGUGGAUGAGGUGAGUGCUCCACAGCCACAUCCCCACUGCAAAUGCAAACCCAAAGUCAUCUGGUCAGGCUCAUUUACUGACAAUAAUUAUCACUGACUGGUCACUUGCUUCUUACAGUUUUCUCUGCUUGCUCAUAUACUACACAAACUAAAAAAACACAAGUCAUCAUCAGAGAUUUACUUCUCUGUGAAACUAUACAAACAACAUCCGAACCAGAUCUAACAGUACGGCUCUGCCCUGCUGGACAGACUGACUCAUCCUGUCUUGAUACACUACAUUGCUCUGUGCGUCUCUCUCCAGGUGGUGGAUAUCAUGCGUGUAAAUGUGGAUAAGGUUCUGGAGCGUGAUCAGAAGCUGUCAGAACUGGACGACAGGGCUGAUGCCCUGCAGGCUGGAGCCUCUCAGUUUGAGACCAGCGCUGCAAAACUGAAGAAUAAAUACUGGUGGAAGAAUGCCAAGGUGAGGACAUGCAGGCGUGCAUACUGGGAACAUAUUUGUGUUUUCAGUUUUCAUUGUGACAUUAAAAAACUUCCUAUACUGUCUACAUGGUUAUAGCCUAACACAAAUGUGUCUGUGCUGCUAAAUGAGGUAUUUUAUGCUGUGCAGCAGUGUUGAAAUAAGGGUAAGGGUGCUGUAGUUUGGGGUCACUGAGGUUAAUUUAAAUAAGGUUUAGAAGUUUCAAAUAUAUAAGCUGGGAUGAUAAAGAUAAAGGCAGAGAACUUGACCUGUGCUACACAAUGAGCUCUGUUUUAUGUCAAAGUUGGCUGCUUUUCUAAUGGUUGUGUUCUCUUUUGCACUGGCUGCAGAUGAUGAUUAUCCUGGGUGUGAUAUGCGUGAUUGUCCUCAUCGUCAUUAUUGGUAAGGAUCCUUUCAACUGCUUUGGCGUACAUAGAUUUUGAUUGUUGCUUUGUUAGACCAGGACAGAAAUGUCUUUAACAUAUUGCACAUAUUGAAAUCAUAGUGUUGGUUUGACGGCUUAGCAAUCUUAUCAUGUUUCCUUUCUUUUCUCCACAGUGUACUUCAGCACCUAA